GACCUCAUUUUCGUCGCCAACGGAGAACCUUUACUCAUCUCUUCUGCCGGGAAACUGGAACUCCGUGUUCCUCACUCUGCCGGAGAAGAGCCCCGUAUUCCUCUUUUGAACUCCUUGUUUCCACAGAGUUCAAUGACCAUGUGCGGAUCGUUGCUCAGUUCCUACAGACCACACCGCAAUCUCGAGCUCCUGUAACUGUAACGAAAAACCUAAUUGAACUUGAGCCAGAUUAUGCAAUGGAUACUGUCUUUCAAAUAUUUAUGCAAAGCUGGGGAGGUAGCAAGACGUGAAGGAAGGUUGGAGAGGAGAGAAUGAAGAAAACUCCAGGAUGCAGCUUCACUGAAGUCAAGAAAUAUUAACAGCUUCAUUGACGGGGAUGAUUCAAAACCAUUUUCAGCUCGUUGGCAGGUUUGCGCGGGGAUUCGGUUCGUUCUUCUCCAUGUUAUCUGUCAGGAUUUCGAUCGAACUGUAAAACUCUCUGAUCAACGUAUCGCUUGGAUAUUGCAAUCAUCGAGAGGUCGAUCAUCCAUGUCUCCUCCAGCUCAGCCGCAGAAAUCUCCAUCUCCUUCUCAGCCGUCCGGCAAAGGAGAAGUCUCCGAUCUGAAACUGCAACUCCGGCAGCUCGCCGGGAGCCGAGCGCCGGGGACCGACGAUGCAAAAAGAGAGCUCUUCAAGAAAGUCAUAUCUUAUAUGACUGUUGGUAUUGACGUGUCUUCCCUUUUUAGCGAGAUGGUGAUGUGUUCGGCGACAUCGGACACUGUUCUCAAGAAGAUGUGUUAUCUCUACGUUGGUAAUUAUGCUAAAGGGAAUCCGGAUCUGGCCCUCCUUACCAUCAAUUUUCUCCAGAAGGAUUGCCGGGACGAGGAUCCCAUGAUCAGAGGCCUUGCAUUGAGAAGUCUAUGUUCUCUGAGAGUUGCAAAUCUGGUGGAGUAUCUAGUUGGUCCGAUGGGCUCAGGCUUGAAGGAUAACAAUGGUUAUGUAAGGACGGUAGCUACAAUUGGAGUACUGAAACUGUAUCACAUCUCGUCAACAACGUGUAUAGAUGCCGAUUUUCCGUCAAUGCUGAAAGAUCUCAUGCUCAAUGACCCCGAUGCUCAGGUAGUUGCAAAUUGUUUAUCUGCUUUACAAGAGAUCUGGAGUUUGGAGGCAAGUACCUCUGAGGAAGCAUCCAGGGAAAGAGAAGCUUUGCUUAGCAAGCCAGUUAUUUAUUACCUUUUGAACCGGAUCAAGGAUUUCAGUGAAUGGGCACAGUGUCUUGUACUUGAUUUGGUAGUGAAAUAUAUACCCUCAGAUAGCAACGAGAUAUUUGACAUCAUGAAUCUCCUUGAAGAUAGACUCCAACAUGCAAACGGUGCUGUUGUAUUGGCAACCAUCAAGGUCUUUUUGCAUUUGACCUUGUCAAUGACUGAUGUUCAUCAACAGGUAUAUGAACGUAUAAAAGCUCCUCUGCUCACUCUAGUGAGCUCUGGAAGUCAAGAACUAUCUUAUGCAGUAUUAUGCCACCUCCAUCUCUUGGUGAUGCGUGCUCCGAUUCUGUUCUCCUCAGACUACAAGCAUUUCUAUUGCCAGUACAAUGAACCAUUUUAUGUUAAGAAACUGAAACUUGAAAUGUUGACUGCAGUGGCAAAUGAAAGCAACACAUAUGAGAUUGUGACGGAAUUAUGUGAAUAUGCUGCAAAUGUUGAUGUGCCCAUCGCAAGAGAGUCAAUUCGCGCUGUUGGGAAAAUUGCACUUCAGCAAUACGAUGUGAAUGCAAUUGUUGAUAGGCUGCUUCAGUUUUUGGAAAUGGAUAAAGACCAUGUGACGGCAGAAACUCUAGUCCUUGUGAAAGAUCUUUUAAGGAAAUAUCCUCAAUGGAGUCAUGAUUGCAUUGCGGUUGUUGGGAAUAUCAGCAGCAAAAAUGUUCAAGAACCCAAGGCAAAAGCAGCUCUUAUAUGGAUGUUGGGGGAAUAUUCUCAGGACAUCUCUGAUGCUCCUUAUAUUUUGGAAAGCCUUGUUGAAAACUGGGAAGAUGAACAUUCUGCAGAGGUUCGUUUGCAUCUUCUUACUGCAGUACUGAAGUGUUUCCUCAGAAGACCCCCUGAGACUCAAAAAGCUUUGGGAGCUGCAUUAGCUGCAGGGCUUGCUGAUUCUCACCAGGAUGUUCAUGAUAGAGCCCUAUUCUACUAUAGGCUUCUGCAGUAUAAUGUAAAUGUGACAGAACGUGUGGUGGAUCCUCCCAAGCAAGCAGUUUCAGUCUUUGCUGAUACCCAGAGCAGUGAAAUCAAAGACCGCAUAUUUGAUGAAUUUAAUAGCUUAUCUGUUGUAUACCAGAAGCCUUCUUACAUGUUUACUGAUAAAGAACACCGGGGACCAUUUGAGUUUUCUGAAGAACUUGGAAGUUUGUCUGUUGGAGUAGAAUCUGCACAUAAUGUAAUUCCGGCACAGAGAGUGGAUGCAAAUGACAAUGAUCUGCUGCUAAGCACCUCUGAGAAGGAAGAAAACAAAGGUCCUAGUAGUAAUGGUUCUUCAUACAAUGCUCCUGUAUAUGAUGGCUCCAUUUCUCUAACUGUUUCACAGACACAAACAGAAACACCAUAUUCUAGCCCAGCCUUACCAACACAGGCUUCACAGUCUACCUUGGCCAUUGAUGACCUACUAGGUUUAGGUUUACCGGCUGCACCUUCACCUGUGCCACCUCCUUUGAAGCUUAAUGUAAGAGCUGCAUUAGAUCCAAACACCUUCCAGCGAAAAUGGGGGCAAUUGCCAGUAUCUCUGACACAGGAAUGCUCCAUAAACCCUCAAGGAAUUGCAGCACUGACGACACCUCAAGUCCUCAUCCGACACAUGCAAGGUCAUUCUAUCCAUUGCAUUGCCUCGGGAGGUCAAGCCCCGAACUUCAAGUUCUUCUUCUUUGCACAGAAGGCAGAGGAACCAGCAGGUUUCUUUCUUGUAGAAUGUGUCAUCAAUACAUCUUCAUCAAAGGCACAGAUAAAGGUCAAAGCUGAUGAUCAAAGCACAUCUCAAGUUUUCUCAGAUUUGUUCCAAUCAGCACUAUCCAAAUUUGGUAAGUUGUAGUCAUUUAUUCCUUUCCUUCCAUAUUAUAGGCUCAGCAGUGGAUAGGAAAAAUGUUACCCCUUGGUAUUGUACUAGUUUUUUUUUUCUUAAUAUUUUUCUUUUAAUUUUUUCACGUUUGAUGUAAUUGCCUGAUUCGAAGGAGCCCCGAGCCCCUUGAGGAAAACAAGAAAAGAAUAGACAAGAUAGAUGGGUUUUUCUGUUACAUGGAUGUAAAGAUUCAUGUAAAAAUAGGUGUUCCUUGUGGAUUGCAUCAUUUCUCAA